AUGGAUAAUGCAUUGGGUGCAACAGAUGUUAAUGUAGAGAAUUUUGAUUUUGAUUUGGAAUUGGAUUGGAAACCAAGAAAAGGAAUGGAGUUUGAUUCUGAACAAGCAACUUAUGACUUCUACAAUAGAUAUGGAGGAAAAGAGGGGUUUAGUAUUAGAAGGGAGAGUCAUGCUAAGAAUAAGAAAACCGGGAGAACAAUAAGUUCUUUGUUACCCAUUUUUGAUGAAGAGCACAAUCAUCCUCUUGUGGUGAAAGAAUGUUCCCACAUGCUUCCUUCGCAACGGAAAGUACAAGACUGUCAAGGCAUUGAUAUAGACUUAACACACGAUUCUGGAAUUGGUGUCACGUCUCUAUAUGAGUUGAUGGGUAAGCAAGCAGGUGGAAGAGAUGUUGUUGGGUAUACAAAACAAGAUGUGAAAAAUUACCUUAGAUCAAAGAGACAAAGAAGCUUGGAGUAUGGAGAAGCUGGAUAUAUUAUGAAGGAUUAA